AUGUAUUCUACACCCGAUUUCCAACAAGUCCUCGAAUCUCUCCCCGAGACACCCAACAAGAUCCCAGUAUUCUUCUUCGCCCACGGGUCACCUAUGCUGGCAUUCCCUCGGACCGACCGUCCCAACGAUCUUGGGUCAUUUCAGUCGUACCAGGGUUCAACUGGACCGCUGCACAAGUUUCUAUCCGCCUUUGGGCCGGCCCUUUUGAGGAAAUAUAAGCCUAAAGGCAUUGUUGUGUUCAGUGCUCAUUGGGAAACCACGGAAGAACGCCUAGUCACCGAUUACGGGGCAGAAAACCCGUUACUGAUGGACUACUAUGGGUUCCCCGAAAGUUUCUACCAAUUGAAGUUCAAGUCAAGGGGAGAUACGGUUAUUGCGCAACGGGUGGUUGACCUGUAUAAAGAGGCAGGCUUGAAAGCGAGGCUGACGAACAAGCUGGAAAACCGCGGUGAAGAUGGUCGUGGUUUCUCGGGCCCUGGACUGGACCAUGGUGUAUUCGUGCCCUUCCGUAUCAUGUUUGGAGAGGAGUUCACAGAUAUCCCGAUCGUUCAAGUUUCGAUCGACUCCAGCAUGGACCCCGAGAAGAAUUGGCAAGCUGGCAGAGCUGUUGCAAAAUUGAGGGAGGAGGGCAUCCUGGUGCUUUCAGGCGGACUGACUGCGCAUAACCUUAGGGAUCGUUCAUCAUUUUCACCGGAAACCGCCAAACCUAUCCACAAGGAAUUUGACGCGGCAAUCCACAAGGCUAUUCAGAACGACUCUGCUGAGGAGCGCAAGAAAGCUCUGCAAGCUCUGCCCAAGCACCCUGGGUUCCGUGCGUCGCACCCAAGGGAAGACCACUUCGUGCCGCUGUAUGUUGCUGCUGGGGCAGGGGAGGGCGGGGAGGUGAAAACACUGUGUGACUUGUAUGGUAUUCCGACAUUUGUAUUUGGCCUUUAG